AUGAUUGUGUCUCAGUGUGAGGUUCCUGAUAAACAUUACGAGGAUAUCGACAGGAUCCGGAGACGGAAGCUAAAUGUCCAGGAGGUGGCAGGAGGAGCUGCUGCCGUUCUCCCUCCCGACAGGACGGAAAAUCGACCGGGAUCGCCCUCGUCACUGGGAGCACCGACCUCUGACCCCGUGCCCACACAGGCUGCAUGUCCCGGGGCAGUGGAAGGGGGUGUGAGGGUCACACAGCGCGAUGCCACCUAUCAGGAGGUUCCUGAUAAACAUUACGAGGAUAUCGACAGGAUCCGGAGACGGAAGCUAAAUGUCCGGGAGGUGGCAGGAGGAGCUGCUGCCGUUCUCCCUCCCGACAGGACGGAAAAUCGACCGGGAUCGCCCUCGUCACCGGGAGCACCGACCUCUGACCCCGUGCCCACACAGGCUGCAUGUCCCGGGGCAGUGGAAGGGAGUGUGAGGGUCACACGGGGCGAUGCCACCUAUCAGGAGGUUCCUGAUAAACAUUACGAGGAUAUCGACAGGAUCCGGAGACGGAAGCUAAAUGUCCGGGAGGUGGCAGGAGGAGCUGCUGCCGUUCUCCCUCCCGACAGGACGGAAAAUCGACCGGGAUCGCCCUCGUCACCGGGAGCACCGACCUCUGACCCCGUGCCCACACAGGCUGCAUGUCCCGGGGCAGUGGAAGGGAGUGUGAGGGUCACACGGGGCGAUGCCACCUAUCAGGAGGUUCCUGAUAAACAUUACGAGGAUAUCGACAGGAUCCGGAGACGGAAGCUAAAUGUCCGGGAGGUGGCAGGAGGAGCUGCUGCCGUUCUCCCUCCCGACAGGACGGAAAAUCGACCGGGAUCGUCCUCGUCACCGGGAGCACCGACCUCUGACCCCGUGCCCACACAGGCUGCAUGUCCCGGGGCAGUGGAAGGGGGUGUGAGGGUCACACGGGGCGAUGGUGUUAUCGGUUGUGUGUCUGUGUUACUGGGUGACACAGGGUGUCGCACAGUGUCAUUGGCUGUAAUUGGGCUUCAUUGA